UCAACGUUGGCUGUUAGCACAAUCCCCACAAGGUGAACGUGAAGAAGGAAAGCGAUGUUUGGACUCGGAAGACUCUUUUAUGUUAUUCUUUUGCUAGUUAACGCAGUUGCUGUGCUCAAUGAGGAGAGAUUCCUGAACAGGCUCGGGUUUUUGAAUAGCCAGCCUGCUUUUGGACAGCCUGAAACAACCGCUCUAAGUAGGCUAAUGAAUAUAGUGUCAUCAGUACAGACUGUUAUGAGAAUGCCGUUGAUCAUUGUCAACGUGGUUGUCAUCUUGUACGAAUUGAUCUUGGGUUAGCGUUGCUACUAUCCUUUAAGCAAACAGGUUCGAUAUGUUCUAUAGAUUGAUGGAUUUCUAAUGAUGAGGAGGAAUAUACAUGGGAUUAAACAAGGAAG